UGUUCCUGCUGCUGCCGCUGCUGCUGCUGCUGCUGCCGCCUAGUACCACCGACAGAAAGAAAGACCAACACAGCGAAACACAAGGUAGGCUGCUAGCUGAGAGGGCAGCAUGGCGGGGCUACAGGACUUCCACCAAGGCAGCCACUGUCACAGGAAAACGUGGAUCAAUAUACUACUAGGAAUACUACAAUUACUUUUACCCUGCGUCCAGCGCGGAGGGGCUCAGCUGCAAGCUCUGAGUCAGAUGUCCACCAGCGUGGUCGAGGUCUGGCAACCAGAGGAUGCGGAUCCAUUAGUCCCGCUUCAGGUGGAGAAGGAGCGAAGAAAAGAUGGUCUUCCACUAGAAGACAGCUCUUCUCCAUAUUCACGGGAGAGUGGGAAACUCCUGCAUUUCCAGCCCCCGGUGUUGGAGUUUGGAACACAGCCGCUGGGGCUGCCAAGAGCUGAAACCAUAUAUAUACACAACCCCAGCCAGGAAGUUCCUGUGACACUGCUGUCAAUGUUUACAUCCAGCAGACAUUUUUACAUACCUUCCUUUCACAGAAGAGUGAUCCCACCCAGAGGGAAGGCAUCUUUUAAACUAAUUUUCCUCCCGUCUGAGGAGGGCAAUGUAGAAAACACAUUAUUUAUAAACACAUCGGCCCAUGGGCUACUAUCAUACCAGGUAUUUGGUGUUGGAGCCCACCAGGGUUCAUUAAAAUCUGUCCAAAGAAGGGAGAAUCUGCUAAUAUUCCCUCACAUCCAGAGCAUUAAGCUGACCCAAACUCAGGAAGAUGCCUCUAACAUCACUAUACUGGGUCUAGUCCUGGAGUGCAGCUUACCGAAGAGUGUGCUGAACAAUCCUCAGGGGUCCUGCCUCCAGAGUGAGGAGCGCCUCAGUCUGCAGAUUAAUCUGUCUGCGCGUGGUGACCAGCCCACUGACCUGGACAAGCUGAAGCCGUACGUCAUCGAGCACAUUUUGGUGCUGCUGGUCGCCCCUACGGCCGGACAGCCUGCGCUGGGGGAUCCAAAAAUAGGAGUUUAUAUGUUAAAUUCUGGAGGGAAGAAGCUCUAUGUAAAGGACAUGCAGGUGCUAUCAAAAGUGGAGGCCAGCCUGGACUUCAAUCAAGUUCUUCUGAGGCCAGAAGCAAAAAACUUCACUGCAGUAGCUAACAUGGCAUGCAGAGGUUCAUUGCCAGGCCAUGGACGGAAAUGCAUAAGUCAUAUCAGUUUAAAAAUCAUGGGGAACAGGACGACCUACAGCUUCCCUGGACUACAUAUCACACACGGAUGGAGCGUUGGGGAUUUGUUCAGCCUGUUUCAGGUGAAACAGAGCAACGCCAACCAGGUGGACCUGUGGCUCACGAACCCGUUCCCUCACCCCCUCACUGUGCUGAACGCCAGCCUUUCAGAGAAGCUGCAGGGAGUGAUGAAGGUGAUGAACUUCAGCAGUCCUCUGACGGUGCCCCAGGGCUGCUGGCCCGUCCUGUCCCUCCAGUUGCUCACGAAGGCCCUGCCCAUCAACCACAUGUCCACGCUGAGUCUGGAUACCAGCCUGGGCACACCCCUGCACAUACCACUCUACUUUCAGUCUUCCUCUUCCAAGCAGGAGGAAGUGAUGUUUGAGACUGAACAAGAGUGUGAACGCCCCUGUCCUCUCAGAUUAUCUGAAACAGGCCGUUCAGAGUGGCAGCGAUCUCUCCUCCCAGACUUUUUCCCCUCGUCCUGGGCCGUAGACAGUAAACUGGCAGCUGAGCUCUGCUCUCGAUGGCAGAGUCACACGGACAAGCUACCUUGCAGGUGGCCCAGACUCCCCGUGGAGGCGUCUUCUCCUCUGGACUUUGGUGCCACACCUGUCAAUGAGAGCAAGGUGAAGAUCCUCAUGCUGAAGAAUCCUUCAUCUUCAGUGGUUUCUUUAGAGAUACGGAUCCUCUCCAUGUACCCGGCCCCGCUAGAGGCUCUGGACCUCCUCACCAAAUGGUUUAAUAUCAGCCCUCUCUCCGUUAACAUCAGUACAACAGAGUUCUCUCUACUGGUUCCUCCCGUCAAGGGUGAGAACAUGAAGCGUAUACGAGGAGACGGCGUCGUCCGUCUGUUGCUGCAGCCCUGGGAGUCCAGAGAAGUCGCCGUGGUCUUCACUCCCUCCGAACACAAACCCACCACUACCGUUCUUAUCAUCAGGAACAACUUGACGGUGUUCGACAUGGUGACUGUUCAGGGCCACGGCGCCAAAGAGCUGCUGAGAGUUGGAGGCAAACUGCCCGGCCCUGGGGCGUCUCUGCGCUUCAACGUUCCUCAAUCAACUCUAAUGGAGUGUCGUGAUGGUCUGCGCAUCAACAAGCCGCUGUUCGCCAUCAGGAAGAGUUUUAAGGUGGAGAAUGCAGGAGAGCUUCCUCUGACGGUCAUGUCCAUGAACAUAAAUGGUUAUAAGUGUCAGGGGUUUGGCUUCGAGGUGCUGCAGUGUCGCUCCUUCAGCCUCGACCAUAACGCCUCCUCUGAGAUCACCAUCGCGUUCACUCCAGACUUCACCUCAUCCUGGGUGAUUCGGGAUCUCACCCUGGUUACAUCACGCGGGACCUCCUUCCCUUUCACCCUCAACGUGACACUGCCCCACCACAUGUUGCCACUCUGUGCCCAGGUGGUUCCUGGACCCAGCUGGGAGGAAACUUUCUGGGUGAUCACUCUCAUCUUUACAUGCUUCUCCUUGUUCGGUGUGUGUCUGAUGGCCUUCCAUCAGGCUCAGUACAUCCUCAGUGAUUUCUCAGCACCCGGCAUCAGGAGCAACCACAACUCUGUCCUGUCCCGGGACAACGGCUCAGUCAAUAACAUCACGCCCAACGGAGUGAAUAAAUCCAAAGGCAGUUGUAAGACGUAUAUGGAGACCUGUCACACAUCAGAUAAAGGUAAGGGGCGCGGGUCUCCAGCUCUGGCCAAUGUCCCCGCCUCUCGUCCUCAGUCCUCAAAGAAAGGCUCCUCCACCACGCCGUCCCAACAGCAGAAGAAACCCAAAGUUUCGCUCUACUACAUGAAGUAUAAGCCCAGCUCGUCCACGGUCACAGCUGGUGCUGUGGCGAUGGACGAAGAGCCUGAGGACCUGACCCCGGACCCGACCUUGACGCCGGACCCAGACGUCUGCAACAACAACCAGCCAGCUUUCAUCAGUGAGAUGGAUAAAAAGACGCCCGUGGACUAUAAAGAAGACGUCCAGAGCUCUAUUGAAGACAGCGCGCCAGCGGCCGUUAUGUUUCCCAUGGAAAUACCUGCUGAUUUCACAGACGACGUCGCGCUGGUUCCAGGACCUAGACCGGACCUGUUGGUGUGCAGUCCUGUCGAGAAGAGCUGCACUGAGCGCUACGCAGAGAAGAUGGAGCCAGAGAAAAGGGACAGCUCCGAACUGGAGCUGAGAGAAGAAACAAAAAGCCAGAAAAAGAAAGCACCGAGCGCAGAGACCGGAGCUCCAGCAGGAAACAAUAAGGGACGAAGGAGCCGCAGAAAGACAGAAAAUGUCGCCAGUGCUCCUGAGCACAACGUGCUAGUGAUGCCAGAGAAAGAAAAUGAUUGGAAAACCGGGGACCCCAACAUGAGUGGAGCCCUGGGCAGGAACCGCUGCUUCAACGGCUCCAAGUCAGAAGUGCCAAAGCCUGCGCAGAGCGCCGACAGCCCCCUCAAACAGAACGGUGUGUGUCCUCCUCGCGCUCGGAGAAAGUGUCCCACGGAGCGGCGCGUGGGAGUGUGCGAGUCGGGCUCGGACUCGGGCAGCUCGUCGGGUAGUGUGAGGGCCAGCAGAGGGAGCUGGGGCAGCUGGAGCAGCACCAGCAGCAUGGAAGGAGACAAGGACGUCAACGCCCGGACACACGCCUGCACUACCUCAUCUAGAAAAAGGGACUCCAUGCAGUACACUGUCCACCCAGCAGAGAGAGACUGCUACCAGACCAUGAAUACGCACUGCAAGUCUGUCAGCAUGAACAGCGUGUAUCGUAAAGACAUGUGCCAAAGCCCAGAAACGCCUGCAUCCAGCUUCACUCCCAGUUUUGCUGCUGUCACUGCAGGAAUGGACAGGAACAUGGACCUGACAAGUCAGUAUCUGCCUGAGGAGACGUGGUCCGCUCCAUCCAUCCCACUCACCAAUGAGUUCAGAUACAACGCCACCGAAGCUCUUUCCUACGUACCUCAACCGCCAAAUCCAGGCCCGUACAACGGGUUUACUUGGAAUAGUGCCAACAGCCAUUGCAACAGUCCCUACUACUGUGAGGAGGCCAACUACAUAGGUAACGGGACGUUUCCGAGUGCUUUUCCCGUUCCAGAGGCCCAGAACACACACGGCAAUCAGGUCAGCUGGAGCGAAGAGCAGCCUCAGGAGUCGCCCUCGACCUGGGACACAGCAGCCUGCGUGGGCAGCAAGCCAUACUUCUCGGGUACCCGCAGCCUGUCCCCCAUGUCCAGCCUGUUUGGCUCCAUCUGGACACCGCAGAGCCACUUCCAGCCUGAGCGAUCAGCCCCGAUGUCGCCCGUGUCCCCCAUCACCCCCAUCACUCCCAUCACCCCCCCGCGCUCUCCCUACAGCCGGGAGCCGGGGGGGACCUGCGGCCCGAUCCAGUACUCCAGCUUCAACCCCUUCGGCCCGCACAUGAACCUGGACAUAUGGAACUCUUCGUCCAACCGCAGCUCCAACUCCCAACUCUCCAACGACUCGGGCUACUGUGGAGAUGUUUAAAACACACACACACAAAAAAAAUUUAAAAAAGAGAGAGAGA